AUAUGACCUUAAAUUUUAUUCUGGCCACUGCCAAAGACCUCAAUGGCUAGGCAAUUUCUGUCUUUUAAUGAACAUAAUAAAUUUUUCGGUCAUAUAUUGCGCUAUAAAUCAUUAAACUUCGGUCUUGAUUCCAUAAAUAUAUGUGAUUUUCUGAGCAGAUUGCGUCAUUUGUUCUUAGCAACAUUAACAACAUUGAUUUGAGCAAUACUUUUCCUAGGUAACAAGAACAAAAAACAAUUCACUAUUGUCAUAUAUAAAAUGACGUCAUAUAUAUUUAUAGUUAUUUGAAAUUAGAAUAAGAACUGUGACGUCAGAAAUAUAUGUAAUUCUUACAGUAGACUACGUCAUUUCUUCUUAGGAACAAGAACAGCAAAAAUAUACAAAAUGAAGUGCAAAAGGAUUCAAGUUAUAUUUUUCAUCAUUCUGUGGACCAAACUCUACUUCAGCGAUGGUGAGAGAAACGGACAGGUUGUUCGGAGAUCUAGCACGACAUGUGAGUCAAUGAAACCAGCAAUACCAAAUAAUGCUUUCGAGAUGGCUUUCAGUAUCGAAAAUGCAAAGGGAACGGCGAUUCAAGUAGUACUGUGUGACUUUGGCUACGAAUUUGUUUUGGAAAAUCGAGGGAAAAACGACCGGAUGGCAGUUACAAACCUAUGCAACGAUGGCGUUUGGAAAUAUCCGCAACUCCCAAGUUGUAGAUCGAGGACAACUUGUGGAGGGAAGCGUUGGUAUGAGCUUGAGCCUGGUCACUGUUAUUUCGGAGGACUUGCAAGAAAUUGGCUCCAUAGUCGUGAUUCAUGCCGAAGUGUUGACGCGGAACUUGUACAGUUCGAGACCGAGCGUGAAUUCAAUCUUGUAAAGGAGUGGCUAGAAAAGACGUACCGGGCAGGUGGUUUCGGUAUAAAUUGGGACCGUGGCUGGAUUUACUGGAUUGGAUUAACGAAUAGACAUUCUGAACACUUUUACUGGUUGAACAAUAAAAACAGGCGUUUGAGUAGUUAUGGCUGGACGAUUCCAUGGAUUAAUGGAGGUGACAUGCACGGCAAUGACAAGAACCCUCUUGGACUGCCUCGCAAUUCAGUGGCUGUGGUAGGAGCAAAGCACUACGACUUCAAAUUCAGAAGACUGGCCAAUGAGUAUAAGUGGUUAGGUCACUCUCAGUUUACUCACUUUAUAUGUGAGAAAGUUCCAAACGGUUGGAGUUACAAAGAGUUGCGUGCAAAAAGAGGCAACAGAGCACAAUUCUUCCUGGAAAAUCAACAAAUUGCGCUUGGCCUUAAGGAUGUUCUACCUAGCUCCGACUAUAUAAAAUAUGUUUAUGGACCCGCUGCCCUAAAGGAAGACUUUGCAAUAGAAGAAAAUGUUUUCAUGGAAAGACUUCCAACAAGGAGUGAGGAGUGGGCGAAAAGAGCGACAGAUCUAAGCGUUCUUAAACUUGAUCCUGAAAAGAAAAAAGCAUAUGGUAUAACGUGUCAAGGGAAUGGUCACACUUUUAAUCGUAAAAAGACCAUUACAAAGGAUUUGAAAACAGGAAAGAUAACCAAUGAGGUUUCCAACCCUGCAUUUGAUUGCAGUUUCUCUCGCGGUGUGACGGUUAAGAUAGCAAGUAAAGCCGACUUAAUUAAUACACCAGGUAUAUACAUUGUAACGGAAGAAGAACAAGGCAUCAGUGAUUCUGUAUAUGUUUUUGUUUAUGGUAGCAACGGAUGGUCAAGCUGGUCGCCUUGGUUAGAAUGUAUAUGUGAUGUUUCGAGUGGUUCCUUUAAACAGUUCAAGUUUCGAAAAUGCGAUACCAUCAAUUUUCCACAAAUUUGUACGAAGCAAUAUGAAACAAAGUCUAAAGACUGUACACCGCCAGCUGGAGAAACGUGUCAAGCCAAAUGUAAGCCUGGUGAAUGGGGACCAGACCAAUGUACGCCGAGCUGUGGAAAUAAUAUUCAAUGCAUCAGAACAAGAAGCCCAGCCCCAGGCAGUGGACCCUGCAAACCCUUAGAACUUACCUCGACAAUGAGCAAAAAUAGGCCAUGUCAACCAAAUCAAAGACCGCCAACGAAUACAGGAAGCAGUAACCCUCAAUCUGCUGGAAGUAACCAACCUGCUGGAAAUAACCAACCUACUGGGAAUAACCAGCCUGCUGGAAAUAACCAACCUGCUGGAAAUAACCAACCUACUGGAAAUAACCAACCUGCUGGAAAUAAUCAACCUACUGAAAAUAACAAACCUGCUGGAAAUAACCAACCUGUUGGAAAUAACAAACCUGCUGGAAACAAUCCACCUGUUGUAAAUAACCAACCUGCUGGAAAUAACAAGCCUGCCGGAAAUGAGCAACAAGUUGGGAAUAAGACCCCUGCAGCGAAUGAUGGAAGUAAAUCAGCAAUGACAGGUCCAAUCAUCGGAGGUGUACUUGUAGCAGUAUUGGUUGUGAUUUGCUGUUGUAUUGUCGUUAUAAGAAAGAAAAUGGAAGCAGGUAAAUCACAAAAACAAGCAGGUCAACCUGGUGAAAUGGAUGCCCUUAAUGGCUCAGAUGGGAGCGAUGACGACUCCGAUUCCGAUGCAGGAGCCCAGUCGGUUAGAGGAGGUUUCCGUGGACGAGGUCGUGGACGAGGACGGGGGAGGGGGAGGGGGAGAGGAAGAGGGAGACGAGGAUCUUAG